AUGUUCUUCCCAGCUGAGCCUAACCCGUCACCCACACAGAAGACGACUUCGGUCUUCCCCUUCCAGACUAAUUCGUCACCCACACAGAAGACGACUUCGGUCUUCCCCUUCCAGACUAAUUCGUCACCCACACAGAAGACGACUUCGGUCUUCCCCUUCCAGCCUAAUUCGUCACCCACACAGAAGACGACUUCGGUCUUCCCCUUCCAGCCUAAUUCGUCACCCACACAGAAAACGACUUCGGUCUUUCCCUCCCAGCAUAACCCGUCAUCCACCCAGAAGGCGACUUCGGUCUUCCCCUCCCAGCCCAAUCCGUCAUUCACAGAGAAGGCGACUUCGGUCUUCCCCUUCCAGCCUAAUUCGUCACCCACACAGAAGACGACUUCGGUCUUCCCAACUCAGCCUAAACCGUCGUCAACACAGAAGAUGACUACGGUAUUCUCCUCUCAGCCUAAACUGUCAUCCACACAGAAGAUGGCUACGAACUUCUCUACCCAGCCUGAUCCAUCACCAGAUACCUCAUCAGAAGAUUGCACAUCACUUUUGCCAAAUACGACACCACCAUCCUUUUGGCAGCCUUCAACCCCAACCGCUGUAGGUCCACAAAGGGAAGAUAGCACUUCCGAGCCAAGCGCAACACCACCAGCGUUGAAGAAUACCACUAAGGGAAAUGAAUCGAACGUGGAUAGCUCUCACUACUACGCACCAAUCAUGCUGGAUCUUGCGACGGAGCCGGGUCUUUCACCAGCGGACGAAACAAAAGUAAUAAAUAUCAAUUCAAGUGAUAUUGAAAGAUCUGAUUCGAGGUCGGUUCUCGCAGGCAAAGGACUUGCUGAAAACGUGACGAAUGAAGACGGCUACGCCAUUUCAGAGAAAAAGUUGAAAGGCACUCCAGAACAAGAUGUCCCUGAAGAUCCUCCGCUGAAGAAAGGUUUCGAUCAGGGCGGACUUCCGGGACACCGAUACGAAAAUAUUAAUACCAUGUCAACAGGACUCUAA